AUGAGGGCACCCUUUUGCUGAUAUCAGGUGAACUAAAAGACAGAAACCAUAGUUUCAAAUUUGCCUUUACAUCCAACUUUGUCUCCCUCUGAAUUUUGUUGCAAAUUUCAGUUCACACUCUCAAAACUCCAUCUUUCCUUACUCCACCUCUCACACACAGCACACAGUAGCACAAUAUGUGAGUAGUUUUUUUUUUAUCAUUAUUAUUAUUCUUUGCCAAUCUUGCUUUGACAUAUUUUCUCUGGCACAGUCUUGAUAUUCUCAAAAAGUAGUUCCAUUCUUUACCAACCCAAUAAACCUCUGUGUAGAUUGUUCAUCUUUUCUGUCAGCUUAAUUCAGUUUCUCAGAAAGAGGUAGGUUGCCUGCAAGUUCAGAUUUUUAUUCUCUGAUCCUCUCUCUCUCUCUCUCUCUCACUGUUACAUUUCUUGCAUUCUUUUAUCAGUUUGCAUUUGAGCCUUUUUUGAACUUCUUCCUGUAUGAAUUUGAAAGCCCUUGUUGUGACCUACAUUCUUGAAUUCUGAUUAUAUAAGUUUUAGGCCAAAGACAGAAUCUUGAUUUCUUGAAUAGCCCUCAAUUUCAGCUGUUUUCAUCAAUGGGCAGAAUCAGCCCAAUAAUUCUGCUAGUGAUAGUGAUUCUUGCAAUUGGCUUCUUCCUACUUGGAUUACUACAGCUUGUGAUUAGGUGUGUGAUGAAGAGGCCAUCAUUUUCCUCAAUCUCACAAUCCAGCAGGCUCCCUGAUGUUGCUGCAGCUGCUUCCCACACAUUCCAGAGGCAGCUGCAGCAGCUUUUCCGGCUGCACGACUCCGGCCUCGAUCAAUCAUUGAUCGAUGCUCUGCCCCUUUUUUACUACAAGGACAUCAUAGGAUUGAAGGAGCCAUUUGACUGUGCUGUUUGUCUCUCUGAAUUCUCAUUUCUUGACAAGCUCAAGGUCCUGCCUGUUUGCAGCCAUGCCUUUCACAUCCACUGCAUUGAGGCGUGGCUGCUGUCGAACUCCACGUGCCCUCUAUGUCGAAGCCUAAUUGGAUUGGGGAACUCUGUGGAGAACCCCUUGUUUAAUACUUAUGAUAUGGAUCAUCAGUGGAUCUUGCCUUGCCCUAAUGGAGGGCCUAAUUGCUCGUCUCCGGCCCACAAUGGGCUGGAGAUGAACAAUGCUGGCCCGGCCAGGACGUUCUCCAUUCGCCUUGGGAAGUUUAGGAGCACGAACGAGGGAGUAGAUAGUGAAAUCAAGAUGCAAAAUGAGGUUACUAGUACCAGCAGCAUUGAUGCUAGGAGGUGUUAUUCUAUGGGUGCUUUCCAAUAUGUUGUAGGCGACGGCAACCUUCAAGUGGCGUUGCCUCGUGGCAAUGGCGUUGCAACGAGGGCUAAAGCGCGAUUUGACAAUGUGGAAGAAGAUGGGGAAAAGAUUGGGGUUAGGAGUAGAGGUGAUAGCUUCUCUGUAUCCAAGAUUUGGCUCUGGUCCAAGAAAGGCAAGUUCAUUAGUAGUUCAUCACAAGCAAAUGAAGAUAUAGUUCCAUCUAUGCCUACAACGAGUGAUUUAGUAUGAAAAGGGAUUGUUUUGAUAUGGAGUUAGAUGAGGAGAAACUAUAGUAUACUGCUUGUUUUCAAUAGAGAAAAAAGCAUUAGUCUUUUACCUUAGCAGCAAAGAUGACUAAUUUUUUACUAUAAACUGGAGUAGUUUUUUUACAAUGCCAUAUUGCAAGUUUGUACAAUACAUAUUUCAUAGUCCCAAUGUAUUGAGGCAGUAUGUUGAAUUACUA